CCAAGAGUCCAGAGUGGCCUCCGUGCGGUCCUCGCCUCGCUCGUCCGGUCGCGGCCGCCGAUUGCAGCAGCAGCAGCAGCGUCGUCGUCGUGGUCCUGUCCUCGGUCCGUUGGCAGGCAGUCGGGCGGGGGGCGCUGGAUCGAUCGGCUUUCCGACCGUCGGCCUCGUGGCUCGCUCGAUCAGGUGAAAUUGCAAGGAGUCGAUUGCCGGAGUUGUGGUCAGGGGAUCGAUUCUUGAUUCGACGAGCAGAAGAACGAAGCGAAGCCCGUCGACAUGAGCCGAAUUGUGAAGCUUGCGAUUUUCGAUGGGCUCCUUUCGUUUUUGUGGGUGUUUCUCACGUCCUGCUUGGGCGCCGGAGCGCACGUCAUAGCCAAGCAGCUGGAUUAUGAAGGAGACCGAACGGGAAUCGUCGUCGGGGAGGUCGUCGUUCUGAUUUUUGCCUUUUCGCUCACGGGCAAAGCUCUGGGUGGAGCGAGCUGGAACCCAACUGCCCCUGUGGCUUUCUAUGCCGCCGGAGCUGGUGUGGAUACCCUGUUCACGCUCGCCAUUCGCUUGCCUGCUAUGGCUGUCGGAGCCGCUGCAGGGGCUUUGGCAAUUACCGAAGUGAUGCCCGACCAAUUCCGGCACACGAUUGGAGGACCCAAGCUGAAAGUCGAUCUGCACACCGGCGCCGUUGCUGAGGGCAUUUUAACCUUCACCAUAACCUUAGUGGUAUUGUGGACCGUGCUCCGUGGUCCCAAAAAUGGCUUCCUGAAGACCAUCAUCAUUAUUAUGACGACGCUGUUCCUCGUUUCCAAAGGGGGCCCCUACACUGGGCCCGCGAUGAAUCCUUCCAACGCAUUUGGUUGGGCAUAUGUAAAUCAGAAACACAUGUCACAAGAGCACCUGUACGUGUACUGGGUCACUCCCUUCAUUGGAGCCUUGGGAGCUUCGGCUGUAUAUAGACUUCUGUUUGCCCGACCUGUUCCGAAGGAGAAGGCUGCUUAGGAGCGUGCGAGUGCGAUCAAACAAUAGUGUACUUUAGAUUAUCUCCAUCCCAAAUUGCGCAUCUCCUGAACUUUUCUGCAGAUUCGGAGCGGUAGUUUUGCACAUUCUCCUUCCUAUUUUUUACCGAUCGGUUGAAGAACUGUUCGGACCGAAUUUGCAGAGUUGAAAACCCUGUAAACACUUCCUGGUUCGAAGACUGAAUUGUAAAACUCAAAGUUAUACAUUGUUAACAGCGGGAUGACAAAGAGGUGCAACUGACAACGGCCGGAGAUUUAUUUUCACUUCUCUGAAGUUUAAUCGGGACACUGACUUUCUUUAGAGAAGAACUUUACAAGUCGUGAAUUACAAGUUUGUCGGUAGUGUCGUGUACCUCGGGUUUCUACAUACAAGUCCGUUGCAUCCGUGUAAGGUCAUGAAUCUAUCAAGUUAAACGAUCAUCGCCGAUUUCGUGUAGAUAGAUUAUAGAUGAUGAUUACUUUUCCAACGAGUAUUUCCAUCCUUCCCAUGCACUCGGUACAUUGUAGUUUCACCCAUACCACUAUCGUCUCCA